AUGUCUGAUGUCGACCCGCAAACUGCGUUGAGCCAAUUCGCCUCCUUUGCCUUAGACAUCAAUAGAGUAUGGCGAUUUAUUCUUCUUGAAACAGUCCGCUAUCGUCUCUGCUUUCUUCGUCGCAGGUUAGAAGAAGUACCAGAAUGCAAUUACUAUUUGUAUGUCAGCGAAAAUAAGACCAUUAAGAAGAACAAAAUGUCGUUUUGCGUAAAAUUAUACAAAAGUAUCGCUGAUAUUUAUGAUCUGGUUGCUCCGGAGAUCCAUUCUUGUAUGUUCGUAACUGUUUGUUGCACUAUUCCUAAAUUGAUUAUCAAUUUUUACCACAUUUUACUGGUUCAAGAUGGCCGCGAACCUCCUGAGGACUUGGGUUUUCUGAUCACUCACGUUCUACAGCUGUGUUUUCUUUUGUUUUCACCAUGCAUUAUUGUUGAAUUGCAUUCAAUCGAGGUUGAGAAAAUGAGGAUUUUCUUGAUGCAUAGAUAUAUUGAAGAAGUGGAUCCAAAGAUCAAGGAAGAAAUAGACACGUUCCUUCAAUACACCGGCAUCAGAACAUUCCACCGGAAGAUAUGGCGAUGCAUUCCUAUGAACAUCGCUCUACCUCUAGAAGUGGCUAACAUUUGCGUGUCUGCUAUUAUAGUUUUGAUUAAUUUCACCCAUUUGUAUGGCUAA